GCGCACAGAAUUAUGACAGGGCAAGCAGACAGCUGCAAUGUUUCCUUUUGUCAAAAAUUAACCAAUUUCAUCGACCAAUUAAUUUCAUUUUUUCACAAUCAAUUUGUUAUUUUUUCCCUAACUUAUCAGUUCAUGCAUUCGAAUCCAAUUUGUGACAACCGGAGUGUGUGUGGAAAUUUUCAUAGCUAGUGCGCCAGUGUGAUUUUAAUUAGAAAAUUAUGAAAAUUGUCGGUGAUUGUUAUGAUAAUUGAUGCGUUAAAUUGAGUUUUGUGAAGUUAGUGAGAGAACGAUGGUGAAUUGUUGGCUUUAAAAAAACUAAUCAGGUUUAUGGCUGCAUCCAUCGAAUCGCCACUGAAAUCAAUGUAAUCUCGUUGCAAAACAAUUCUUUUCUUUUUCGCUUUUUACCGAUUGAGAAUAUUGUGACCGAACCGCCGGACUGGAAAUUUACAGAUCAAUGAAAAAAUCAACUUCUCUACGUCUGCAAUGAAUUCUGGAAACAUGCCUGCAUCUCAGUCAAUGCCAACUUCAAUGGGACAGUCAACACAGUCAAAUAAUGGGUGCUAUGGAGGCAAUGACAUACAGAAGCCGAAUCGAAUAUGCCGAGAUUUUGUGCAAGGAUAUUGUCGGCGCAAAUACUGUCGAUAUCCGCAUGUGGUGUCUUCCGAUUUGGUAGUGUUUUGCCAUGACUUUCAAAAUUCGAGAUGUCCGAGGAUCAAUUGCAAAUUCUUGCAUUACACACUCGAAGAGGAGGAGUACUACAGAAAGUACAACAAAUUUCCAGUCAAUGUUGCCGAAAUGCAAUACGAUCGCUCGUCACCGUCGGCAAUAUUUUGCGCGGAGAUGCUAAACACCGGACACUGUCGGCAUCGUGAUUGUCAGUAUCACUCUGAAAAUCAUCCACCUGCUCCGCCUCCAUCCCAACCGAACCAGAAUUGCACCGCACCAUCGAUGCGUCGCAUUGAAUUCGAUCAAAAAUGGACAGAACGAUCAAUGAUGAUACGGGACAACUAUAAUCAGACGUGCGACAUGCAGCGACCGAGUGCCGAUUAUAUGUCGCAAAAUCCGUCACAGCAACACCAUUCGCAGCAAUUAGUCGAUGAUUUCGGGGCUAUGAAACGUAGUGCGUCAUCCGAACGGUAUGAACCGUUCAAGCGUUUCCGCAGCGACACAGAUAACAUCAAUUCCUCGCCCGACAUUAUCGGCAUACUACGUAGAUUUGAGGAAGAAAUAUCUCAACUGCGGAGACGUGUCGAAGCAAACGAAGUGAAAAUUGCCGAACUGCGAGCAUCUAACGACUAUUUGAUGUCUCAAAACGCACAGCUACGAUUGUCCAAUGCCCAGCAAUGUUCGGCGGUUGUUAACCCUGUAACAGUAACGACAUCUCAACCACAGGCAACUCAAGUUAUAAACGCCGUAUCCAUAGCUCCAGUUCAAACAGUUCAAAUGCAGGCUACGCCCAUUGUCAGUAUGUCCGGUCAGACUCAAAUCAUCGCCAGUAGCUCAUGUACACCGUUGGCAAUUGCUGCAACAUCGCAAGGUCAGCAAUUGGCACAGUUAGCUCAACAAGGAAUGAGUACCCUCAGUACAACGUCUCAAGCAAUGAAUGCGUCACAAAUUCUUGGAACAUCUCAAAUAACGUUAACGCCCACACUGGCCACAGCACCGUCAAUGGGGCUGGCGAUAAAUACCUCACAAGCAUUGGCCAUGUCAAAUGCAACGCAGCCGAUUAUAUCCUAUCCGGUGAUGACCCACAGCAUUUUGCCGCAUUAGCUUAAAGUGUUUGGCAAGAAUUACCAUCUGCUGGUCUCAACGUAUAAAUGGAACGGCAUUAAAGCCUGUUUGGAGUGAUUUUUUUUUGUCGCCGUUCGUUUGAGGAUAAAGUUUGUUAGAUAUAUUAUGUGCGGAUCGCUCCCUUCUAUUUAUUAUACAGUAACUACGCCGACUAUUAGCGA